AUGGAAACUAAAUAUCAGUAUCUGUUAUCUUUGCCGUCAGCCGUGGACCCAUGUUCUGCUUAUACCAGCCUGAAUGAACCAUGGAGGAACACCGAGUAUCACAGCAACCAGUCCGGGGGGCCUCACUGCGACAGCCACGUGUCUGGAGAGUGGUAUCGCUUCACAGGAAUGGCGGGGGACGCCAUGCCCACCUUCUGCAUCUCCGAGAACCGCUGCGGCACCCACGCUCCAAUCUGGCUCAAUGGCAGCCACCCUCAGCCACGGCAAGGCAUCGUCACUUUGCCGGUGUGUGCCAGGUUUGGGGAAGACUGCUGCCACUGGAAUGCCACAGUGGAGGUGAAGGCGUGCACCGGGAGUUACUUUGUGUACUGCCUGCCCACACCUUCAAUUUGCUUCCAUGUCUACUGCGGCCAUUUCUAUCAUAUCUGUGAUGACGUUCCGUGUGCUGGUCCAUGAUGUCCGGAGUCGGAAUGUCGCUGUGCUCCUGGAACCGUUCUGGGUUCGGACGGACAAACGUGACUGGAUGUGAAUGAGUGUGAGAAGGCCAACGGUGGCGGUGCAGAGAUCUGUGUCAACACCAAAGGAUCCAGACGGUGUGAAUGCGGUCUGGGUUGAGUGCUGGAUGAGGCCAGGCUCAACUGUCGAGGGAUAGCAGGCUGCCAUGUAAACAAUGGAGGCUGUAGCCACGGCUGCUCGUCACUGCACAAUUCCUACCGGUGUCACUGUCCUAGAGGACUGCAACUGAGCCAUGACUUACAUACGUGUCAGGUGCCAGUGGAGUGCAACCCCAGUUCUAUUAUAAUGUCCGUACCAAAGUAUAUUGUUGGAGGAUUGGAACUCUUUUUUUCCAACUCGUCAUGUUGUGGUAUCUCUAAUGGCACACACAUCAACCUGAACUUCAGUCUCAAGACAUGUGGCACUGCUGUCAAGGUGACAGAUGACAAGAUAGUGGCAACUAACCUGGUGACAGGUUUUCCCCCCAGCCCAUGUAGCAGCAAUGACCUGAUAGUACGCACCAGUAAGUUAACGGUGCCGAUCACCUGUGAGUUCCCCAGGGAGUACCUAGUGUCUGACGGGUACCAGGCAAGUCAGCGCAACUCAGCCUUGGAGCUGGCUGGCCACACCGAGGGAGUCUUCCCCUUCUCGCUGGAGCUCUUCAAGACCUCUGUGUUCGCAGAGCUUUCCCACACGCCGCCUCAUCUAAGCCUUCAUGACUCCCUUUUCUUUGGGGUCGAGCCCAAAGAGAGAAUGGAGGGCCUUUCUGCCCUGGUAGAGAGCUGCUUUGCAACACCGGGGCCCAAAGCUGACCAGGCCCUAAAGUAUUACCUCAUCAAAGAUGGGUGUAUCUCAGACAAAACAGUUACUCAGCACUCAUCCAAAGACCAACUCUCCAAGCACUACCAGGUCCCUGUCCUCAAGUUCAUUGGCAAGGAGAACCGGGAUGUUGUUUAUCACCCCCCUGUCUUGGUGUGCGGCCUGGAAGACUCUCGUUGCGCUCUGCCUUGUCGCCGACAUGUCCACCGCGGCACCCCAUCUCAGGAGCUGCGCACGUUGAGCGGGGGCCCCAUCUUCAUCCUGCCUGAGCCAAGCAGCCAGGCCGAUUCAAAUUCAAGAGUCGUGUUUCAAUCACAGUCACUCCAUUGAUACACCAGAUAAAUAUGCAAUUGUGCCGAGUCUGGUUGUCAUAGUGAGCACAUUGUUGCAUCAACCUUGUAAAUCCACUAUGUGAUCAUUUCGGUAUUAACGUAAUGCCAAAUAAAAUGUGCAUGUUUUAUG